CCGUCGUGCUGGAAGCUCACAGAUGGACGUGGCAGUGAUCCGGGGCGCCUCCGCCCCCCUCAACAGGAGACCCUCAAACUCGCUGGACAAAUAAGGCUCCAGAGGACAGUCGGAAGGGGGUUUCACCGGAAAAAAAACACGCCGCCACCGCCGCUUAACACCGUGACGCUCGCCGCUGCGCCCCUCUUCCUCCUCCUCAUCCUCCUCUCCACAAACAGAUGCCCUUCUCGGGAAGUUACGGCCAAAACACGGAUAAAAAAAAAAAACCCUCAAACAAAUCUUCCAAGUCGUCUUCUCCAGUUUCCCAGACGCGCUCUCCUCUGAAGGAAACCUUCCCCUCCUCAGAUCGAGGCUUCUGAGAAAUGAGCCGCCAAUGUAAGUCCCCUGGCUGACCUCGGCACUCGGCUGGAAUCAUCUUCAAAACAGCCUGUCAUCUCUACUCGGCCUGGAGGUCUUCUAGAGGGUUGGACCUCCUUGCCACCAUGAAAGGAUUGGGGACCGCCCGCAACAGACAUCUGUCUGAUUCCUGUGAUCCUUCCACAGGCCAUCCAGAGGCCCUCUACCCUCAGAAGACCAGCACGCUGCCUCGCAGCCCUUACCUCUUGAGCCCGACAAUGGAUCACUAUGGCACAAUGGACACCCACCUCUACCCUUCAGGCAACCCAGCCUCUCUUCCUCCCGACUGCAUGCUACCACUCAACAAUCAGAUAUCCAACAGCAGCACCUUUCCCAGGAUUCACUACAACUCCUAUGAGCAGUCUGACUUCUCUCCUCCUGGGGACAGCAUCGGGGGAAUAAGUACUGGGACCAUGGGCACAUCUCUGUCCCUAGGCAUGGGGACAGGCUUGGGUAUGGCAGGACUGGGUGGAAGAACACCUAUGAUUACAAGUGGCUCUGCAACUAUAUCACAUCACAUGACCAAGAACCAAGCACCACCCAGUUUACUGGACUUUGACAAGCAGCUAUCUGGAGGCCGCGAUGGAUUCAGCACUCUGCAGUUCCAUCGAACAUCUGCUGCCGCCGCCGCCGCUGCUGCUAAGCAGCGGACAGACAGUCCCGGUCGAAUUCGUUACAUGCUGCACUCUGUGCAAAAGCUCUUUGCAAAGUCCCAGUCACUGGAGAGCCACCAUAUGAAAGGAAAUAUCAAUGGUCGUUCGACUGGCAGUGGUGGUGGCUCGUCUGGUACUGAGGACAGCGGGAAGCAGCAUCGCAGAUCCAAAAGUAAAGAUCGAGGGACGAAAUCGGAGGCAACCGCCAAGCGACGGCCACGCUCCAACAUGUCUGGUUAUUGGAGCUCCGAUGACUUGGACAGCAGUGAUCUGAGCAGCUACCAUAACACCAUGGCCAUGAUGACACUGGGGCGCCCAGCUGGUCAUGACAGCCAAGUGGGCCAGAGCAGAUACAUCCACAGCGGAUACAACACCAUCAGUUCUUCAAAAAGCAGCAACGACAUGAAGUUUCAGGCACUUCCUGCUCCUGGUGGUGGAGGAAGUGUUGGCCUCGGGGGAGCUGGAGGUUUUCUAAUGAACGAUAAUGAGUAUAUGAAAGGAGGGUCUUGGUCCACUUUAACGAUGGGACAACCAAGACAGGUGAUUCAGAAGGGCUCAGCUACUCUGGACAGGUCCAUGCUCAAGUCCAAGUCUUGCCAACAGGAACUAGCCUGCAACUACUUGCAGGUUGGACGAAGGGGUGAUUGGAGCGCCACAUUAGGUCGCAGCGGGGGUGCCAAUGAAAUCCCGUGUCGGAGGAUGCGUAGCGGUAGCUAUGUGAAGGCCAUGGGGGACAUGGAAGACAGCGACGACUCAGAGGGAAGCCCCAAACCCUCGCCAAAAUCUGCUGCUCGCCGCCAGAGCUACCUCAGGGCUACCCAGCAGUCUCUGAGUGACCAGCUACCCCCGCGCAACAGAACCCUGGAUUACUCCUUGUUACAGUCGGAGCUGGACGCCCUGUGGUCUCCACUCCACAGUGUGUCCUCUCUGCACCAGCUUGGCAGGUCAAUGAGCAGCUGUCUUCCGUCUCUCAGAGAGAUCCACAACAACCGCAGCCUGGAUAACCUCGACUGCAUUGGCGGCACAGGCUCGUCUCUGCCGCCCUGGGACGACGAUGACUUCAGCCAGGCCUGCAGCACGCUCGGCAGACGGAGUUGCAUGGGACAGCUUCGGGACCUGGAAAGAAGUCAUCAUUAUGAGGACCGCAGCUCCGAGUCCACAUUCAGAGACUCCCGUUCCCACUCUCAGGACACCUCAGAGCCUCCGGAUCUGCCCAUGCCCACAUGCUUCCGAUCCCGCAGCCACAGCUACCUGAGAGCCAUCCAGGCCGGCUGCUCCCAAGACGACGACACCGUGUCCAUGGACUCAGGCUGCUCUCCACCUCCAAUUGACACCACUGUUCGCACCUACAGCACCAGCACUGACGACCUGUCUGCACAGUGGAAGACAUGGAAAGAACAGUUUGGCUCUUACCUGAUAGCCACAGGCUUGGACAAAGCCCCAAAGGAGAAACAACUUGCAAUUUUUCUUCAGCGUUUCGGGACAGACAGACCACGCAUCCUACCCUCACGCACAGUCUCCUCAUGCAUAACCACCUGUAAGAAGGCUGCUCCUCCGCCAGUUCCGCCUCGCACAACUUCCAAGCCCUACAUCUCGGUGACCGUACAGAGCAGCACGGAGUCGGCCCAGGACAACUACUUGGACCAGCAGGACAGGAGGUCAGAGGUCACCAGCCAGUCCAGCCACGCUCACAGCAACUCGUCGGACAGCCUUGACAGCACUCGUGCCAACAGCCUGGCCCGGGGUAUCCCUCGCCCCCCGCACAUUAUCCCCACCCCCAUCGCCACCCCGAGAGAGCCCAUCCUCCCCGCCACCGCCAAUGCUUCCACUGAAACGAGUGACUCGGUAGUCCAGCAGGAAUCCCUGAAAUCAGGAUUUAUCAAAGGGAAUCUAGCUGCAGAGGAGCCUCUCGUAGCCCCAGUGCCCCGGCGGAAGCUUUCCUCCAUAGGCAUACAGGUCGACUGCAUUCAGGAAGUUCCCCGAGAAGAGACCCCCCCACUGGCCAAGUUUCAGUCCAUUGGAGUACAGGUGGAGGACGGGUGGCAGCAAAGUCGCUCCAGUAGCAUGGCCUCAAAACAAGAAACCGAUUCAGACACACAAGACAUCCCCGUCAUCUCCCAUAUCAAUAGCGCCAAACCCUUUGAAAAAAAAGUCAUGGUCAACAGUGCCAGCCAGUCCAUGAGCUCCCCUCCUGGACAAGACUCUUUAGACAAUGGCGAGCCCGCCGGCGAGUCCUCCUCACCCCCGCCCCCGAGGCAGAUCCUCAACCGCUCCACCACGCGGAGCAGCUCCUCCUCCUUCUCCGAAAGCCUGGAUCCAGCGCUGGACCCUUCGUCUUUACCGCCUCCAGACCCCUGGCUGGACAGCGGGAAUGGAAGCAACAGCAGUGCCCCCCUGAGUGGAGCCGGGGGAGGAGGGGGGACGCUGUGUCGCAGAGACGGCCACUGGUUCCUGAAGCUGCUGCAGGCCGAGACGGGACGCAUGGAGGGCUGGUGCCAACAGAUGGAGCAGGAAACCAAAAACAACCAGCUCUCGGAGGAAGUGUUGGGGAAGGUCCGCAGUGCAGUCGGCAGCGCCCAGCUGCUGAUGUCUCAGAAGUUCCAGCAGUUUCGGGGACUGUGCGAACAAAACUUGAAUGUGAGCGCUAGCCCCCGGCCCACGGCCCAGGACCUUGCAGGCUUCUGGGAUCUGCUGCAGCUGUCCAUUGAGGACAUCAGCCUCAAGUUUGAUGAGCUCUACCAUCUCAAGUCCAAUGACUGGCAGCCCGUUCCGUCUGCGGCUGCCCAGUCGCCCCCUGAGCGGAAGGAGGACGAGGAGAAGGAUGCCGCUCCGGCGUCAAAGAAGCCCGGUAAGGGACGUCCGGCACUGGGCCGCGAGAAGAGCGCCGACUCGUCAACCACCUCUUCAUCGGCCUCGGCGGAGAAGCAGAGGCAGGAGGCUCGCAAGCGUCUGCUGGCUGCGAAGAAGGCCGCCUCGUUUCGCCAGAACUCGGCCACAGAGAGCGCAGACAGCAUUGAAAUUUAUGUCCCCGAGGCCCAGACACGUCUCUGAGAGGAGAAUGUGGGACAGAUAAAUGUCACAGAAAGGCCUGGAUAACAGCACUCUUCUGAACAAAGGCUGGAAGAGGAAAGAGGAUUUGAGAGGUUUUAGCCAAGUACAAGUCAUGACUGGUCCUGCUGGUAUUGAAUAUUAUUUAAGAAAGAAAGGCGGAUUACUUGUGGACCCGGCGGACUACGAAGCAGGACGCUCCUCAUGUGAGGCUGCCAUUGAAAACCUCAGCAGAUGAACUGGGUCUUCUCUUGUUAACUAUUCUUUAUCUUAAAUCUUGCUCAUGAAGGUAUUAUGAAAUUAUAUCCUAAAGAGUCUAUAUGAGGACUGUUUUCAGUGUUCCUUUCUCUUGGCUAUAAGAUCUAUUAAGUGGACAGACGGCGAGCGUCGCCGCUUCUCUGCCACUCAUCAUCCUGCUCUCUUCCCAGAUCACUGGCCAUCUUGUAGCUUUGCACAACGCCACCUUGUGGCCAUCACACUGCACACACACACUCACACACACACACACACACAAACACGCCACAAACUCACCGGUGUAUGUCUUCCAUGUAUUUGUUUAUUUUAUUUUUCCAUUUGAUUCCCUCAAAAUCCUUUUUGGAUCAGGUUAUUCUCAAUAUUUUUGCUAUGAGGAAACUGAAAGUCAGGUUUGAUUGGGUAUUUAUAAUCGCUCCCUUGCAGUGAACUACUGUGUGUGUGUGUGUGUGUGUGUGUGCGUGUUUCUGAAUAUUUUUGUUUCAAAGAUUAGAUUUGCCUGAGAGAAUCUGUGAAGUUUAGUUUCUUAAUGGUUUUGAAUGAAAGCACAUCCCAAUAUUAAACUAACCCGGACACGUGUGAUUCAUGGAUAUGUGUCAGAGGAGCCGCGGUUUUAUGGAAACAUUAUUACAUUUUUAGCCUCUUCAUCACUGUUCAUCCACCUUUCUUGGUUUUCAUGUCAGUGCUAUAACUUCUGAAGAUUUCACUGUUGUUGUUUCAUCUCUUUUAAACUUCUAAGUGCUUUUAUGAAGCUUGCAUGGCAUCUAACAUGUACGUUUGCGAUUAAUCCAGGGUUGUUUUGUUACUGAAUCUGUGCGUCAGGCGGGCUGAAUGUGCAGGUGCUGUGUUACCUAAUAGAUUUGAUUUGCUUCCCCUCGAUCCAUCAAAAUCCAAUCAUCUCUUCUGUUCUAUCAUUCUUUCACCCACUCAGCAGCGCAUGCAAGUACCUGAUUUUUUUUUAAUUCAAUGUUAAUUUUGUAAUUAAAGCAUUACAUGCAUUA